CACCGGCUUGCUUUAUCCUCUCCAUCUUGAAUAUUACCGUCAUCGUACGCACCUCGUAGAAGCGGCCUGUGCAGACGUGUCCCAUAGCUGAUUAGUAUUCACCGUCAACAUGUGGACUGUUCUCAGAGUUGCUGCUUUGAAGGGGCUCGCUCUGGCGGUGUUAAUCCGCUUAUAUCUGCCAGCAAAGAUACCUUACAUCACGCUUUUGCUGAACUUCAAGUUCCUCCAUGUGCCUUUGCGCAAGCACGCGCCGAGUCUGUGUUCGCAAGGACCUCCGCUUGUUCCCCAAACACACGAGCAGCUAUGGAAUGCAACGGGGCGACAACUCAGCACGGAGGCCUUCGUGAACAGAACAGCCGACCUACUCAGCGGGGCUGUCCGCAUUCCCACGGAGGUGUACGACGUGAUGGGGCCUAUCGGCGAAGAUUCGCGUUGGGAAGCCUUCGCCCCGCUUCAUGACUAUCUCUGGCAAGCCUUCCCUCAGAUCCACACCACGCUUCUACUGACGAAAAUCAACACCUUCGGCCUCGUAUACGUGUGGCAAGGAUCGGACGACGCGCUGAAGCCUAUAUUGCUCACCGCGCACCAAGACGUGGUUCCUGUCGACCCAACGAGUAUCGCUAAUUGGACGCACUCGCCGUAUUCAGGACAUUUUGACGGUACGUACACGUGUCUGGGGCAGGGAAGUGCGGACGACAAGAAUGGCUUGAUCAGCAUUCUCGGUGGAGACCUCCUGGAACAUGAUUUUGUCCCUGCACGCACGGUCGUGCUUGCGUUCGGGUUCGACGAGGAAGCGACGGGUCUCCAGGGUGCAUACCGGAUCGGGCAACACCUGCUCCAAGUGUUCGGCGAGAACGCGUUCGCUAUGCUCGUCGACGAAGGCGACCCGAUUGAGGAUAGGUACGGCGCGCCCUUGGCACGCCUAGCGAUCUCAGAGAAGGGCUAUUUCGACCUUCAAAUCGAGGUCUCAGCUGCCGGUGGCCACUCAAGCAUUCCUCCAGCACACACUGCAAUCGGCCUGCUCUCCUCCCUCAUCGUCGCCUACGAGUCUUUCGCCCCGCCCGCCCGCCUCACACGCACCUCCGCCGCCUACACACACGCCCAAUGUCUCGCGGCGCACGCACCGCUUCUCCCUCCGGCCCUCCGUGCGGAUAUUCUCGCAGCGCGCACGUCUGACGCUGCCCUCCAGCGCGUGGAGAUGGCACUGUUUGAGGCAGACCCGGGGCUCGCGGCGGGCGGGCACACGACGGUGGCGGUGGACGUUGUGUGGGGAGGGACGGCGGGCGCAGUGGUGAAUCAUCGGGUGGCGGUCGAUAGCUCCGUAGCAGCGCUCAAGAACCACACCAUCGCCGUUCUCAGGCCCGUUGCAGAGUCGCUGAAUCUGACGGUCGACCCCUUCCCCGAGGACGAUGCAUCCUUGGCAGACGAACAUCGCGGCGUCCCCAGGCUCGGUCCUAGCGCAGGUCGCGUCGUACUCUCCGAUGCUUUUGAUACUGCACUGGAACCUGCACCUGUCUCCCCGACGGACAGCGAACAGUGGAGGAUCCUGGCGGGGACAAUCCGUGCAGCGUGGGGCGGGCCGCAUUCAGAGCACGACUCCGUGACUGAGGGUACGCGCGCCUCGCAAGGCUCUGGCGCGGAAGUGGUCGUCGUCCCGAGCCUACUCGCAGGAAUACCGUUCUACUGGAGGCUGACGCCGCAUAUCUUCCGGUAUAACCAUUAUUACGCGCGAGACGGACCUGCGGACGGGAACAUACACACGGUGAACGAAGCGUGCGAGGCGCAGGGGCUCGUAGGAAUGGUUCACUUUUUCAUUGGGUUGUUACUCAACGUGGACGAGACGAGGAGCAUGUGAGAAGUACGCAUCGUGAGUGAUAUUGACAGUCUAGACAAUUGCCAGUGCUUCCACCGCUUCCUUCAUUCGAAAUCAUCGAG